CUAAUUUCUAAGCAGGAUUGAUGUAGCAUUUUAUGUUGUGUCUCUUAGUGCACUUGCACUAUUGACUGUGUAAUAUUUUAACACUUCAGACUGCAUGUGACAUAGAUUUAAGGAAUAUUUUAAUAGCUAGGUACAUUAUUCAUGUCUGCGCGAGCACCAUGGACAACACAUUCUGCUAUACGUUCAAUUUUCAAUUUUCAGGAAUGACUGCUAAUCAGGCUGGAAGAUUCCAUGUCCUAAAAAUGGGGCUGUGUGAUGACUUAUUUGGACAGGCCAAUCAUGCUAUAAACCCAUCGCCUCGUGCUAUCAGUUAUAUGAGAGACGAAUGGCUGAAGAAUGAACAUGGUGGCCUGAAGAACUUAUCAAUGGCAGAGGCAAUCAGAAAGUAUGCCGCAAAUAACCCAGAUGUGACGAUACUGGAGGACAUAUCAGAAGGAAGUUUUACUGCAGUACUUGUUACAGCUUUUAUGAAGAGAGUCCACAUUAAAUUUAGGGAAGCUGGAGAAGUAAUCUUUGUGGAUGCCACGGGAUGUGUUGACCAACUCAACACUUCAGUUAUUCCCUUCCUCUGUGCUGGACCAGCAGGUGCUGCUCCACUGGCAGUGCUGUUUACAUCUUCCCAAGAUGAAGCAACACUGAAAAAAGGUUUUGAAAUGGUUAAGAGUGCUGUAGCAGAAAAGGCCUUCUAUGGGAAGGGCACGCCGGAGACUUUCAUGACUGACAACUGCGAUGCCAUGAGGAAAGCCCUAGCAGCAACCUGGCCUGGAGCUCGACAGUUCCUCUGCAUUUUUCAUUUUCUACAACAAGUAUGGAGGUGGCUAUUGGACUCGAGACACGAAAUCAAGAAAGAAGAUCGCCAGGAACUUAUGACUAUAGUGAAAAGCCUCGUAUAUUCAGCAACGAAGAACGAUUUAUUCACGUCAUGGGGAAAAUUCAAGGCUAAUCCUCUUUCGGAGAAGUAUCCUAACUUUAGAAGCUAUCUAGGCUCACUGAUGGAAAGGAGUGACGAGUGGGCGAUAACGUUCAGGGCAGGUGCGGUGCUACGUGGACAUCACACCAACAACUUCUGUGAGGCAACAAUGUGCAUCAUUAAGGAAGUCGUUCUUAAUAGGUAAGCGCCAAGGGAUGUUUCUUUCUUAUUUGUGAUGGCUGGUUUUAUUAAUAUAAGUACCAUACAUCAACAUGAAAUUCAAACUGCCAUUUUACUGACUAGUUGUACAAUUGGAGGCCUUCUCGUAAAGCUCGACUGUGUUCUAUUACUUUUUUUUUUUUUUGUUCUACAUAUUUUCGCAUCAUCAACAAACUCAUCUGCGUUACUAGUGAUGACAAUGUCCUUAAUUUUCUUGAUUUCCGUGAUUAUUGUAAGUAGGGUAUUACUGCCUAUUAUAUUCAAGUGUUUCCAUUACAGUAAAUCACAUACACAACAUAUUUUCCUUUCUAAUAAUUAAGUUCCCCCCUGAA